AUGGUGGCCGAUAAUGAAGAGCUUUGGAAAUCUAUUUGUGGGGCAUAUCGAGAGACUAUUAUUCAUGCUCUCUUUGAAUGCAAAGCUGCUGCUGAAAUUUGGGGUCAUAGUGGUUUGAUGGAUCAGUUGGCUGAUGCUCCAACUGAAUCUUUUGCAGAAAGGUGGGAGUGGCUACACAGCAGGGUAGAGAGUAAGGUGUUGCUGCGUAUGGCAGCUUUGAUGUGGGCUUCAUGGCGCUGUCGUAAUCUAUGGAUUUUUGAAGGAAAAGAACCUGAUGUGGUGAUGCUAGCAACGGGGUAUUGUACAUUAGUGCAAGAUUAUGAGGAAUAUGCCACAAAGGUUUUUAAACUCUCUGUGCAGCAGGUUCAGGGCAGCAGCGUGGUGUGGAAGUGCCCACCUCUGGGAUGCAUCAAGGCAAAUGUUGAUGCCUAUGUCCCGAGUGCAGGGUCAGCAGGUCUGGGGGUUGUCUUUAGAGAUGAUAAAGGCUGCCUUAUCAUGACAGCAACAAAGAGGGUGGAGCUCUCGAACCCCGAGUGUGUGGAGGCACAAGCAGUGAGAUAUGCGCUGAGGUUAGCACUUCGGUUUGGCUACAUUAAUUUGUGGGUGGAAUCGGAUGCUAUUAAUAUGAUCAAGGCUAUUUCUUAUCAUGAUGGUGGGCUUUCUCCUAUUGAUUUAGUCUAUGAUGAUAUUAGAGUCGAUAGAGCAAGUUUUAAUGUUUGUUUAUUUUCUCAUGCUAAGAGGAGUUGUAAUACCGUAGCUCAUCUUAUAGCUAGGGAUGAUACGGGUGGAAAUGCGGAGUAUAUUCGUUUUAGCAAUUUCCCUCAGAUUAUUGUAACUUUGUCCGGUAUGGACCUUUCCUCUUAA